CGCGCACACACACACACACCCACAUGAAUCUUGUCAUAAUGUAUUACAGGUGAUUGCACCUUAUUCAGCUCCUGACGCCAUUAUUUUUUCGUUGUUUUGCCGACAGAUUUGAGUACCAAAUGAUAAUUUAAAGACCUGUGUGGCCAAGUAAUAUCGAAUGUACGGCUCUCACUUCCAAGCAUAGCAGAGGUGUCCACAUUCAUAUAUAAAGGGACGUCAUUGGAGUUUGUUCGGGCUUCUUUCUAUAUUCAGGUUAAAUAAUAAAACAAAAAUGAUGGUGCGAAUUUGGUUAAUUAUAUUUUCCUCCAUUUGUCAUCUUUUGCAAAUCAGUGCUGAUUGUGCCCCACCAAUUCUAACAGUUCCGGGUUUGUACGUAAAACCAGAUGCACCAUAUUACGAAAAACAUUUCGUACUGUACAUUCAUUGCGAAGCAUCCUACAUAAAAGAUGGUGAUGAUUUUACUCUGUGUAUCAAAGAAGAUUGGAUUCCUGACCCGUCUCUUACUGCAUGUCAUGGAAAACCAACAACAUCGCAAUCGAAAACAUCUAUGUCUUCAGCUGAAUCACCAGGCAUUGAUCAGACUAUGAUAACAACAGAAAUCUUCACAACACAGCCGUCAAUACCAGAAAUGACAACCUCGUACUCAUCUGAGUACCACUCUGUCACUGCUAUGACAACCAAAGUUAUCGAUCUAGACCAAACGUCGGGCGGUGUAACUUCUCGUCAAUUGACAUCUUCAUCAAAUUCUUUUACUUUCUUUAGCGACCUGAUCACUUCUACUUCGGCGGGGACAUAUACUACAUUCCCAGCUACAGCCGAUAAAACGAAAGCAGUAUCUUUAUCAACAAAUGAUAUUCCAACAAUAUUGUUUGGAUCUCAAACAGAUGCAGUUUCAACAGUGCGCUCUAGCACGGACAGUAUUUCGACGAUAUUGUUUGGAACUGAGGCAGAUAUAACUACAGGCGAUACAGACGAACUUUCAACAAUUACAAAUCUUGAAACUCGAACAGGCUCAAUUUCAUCUGAACGCUCUAGUACAUACGAUAUUUCAACGAUACUUCUCGGAACCCAAACAGAUGCUACAGCAUUUGAACGAUCUAGUACAGACGAUAUUACAACUCGAACAUUUCCAACUGAACGAUCUAGUACAUCGGGUAUUUCAAGCAGCAUACCGCUUAGUACACAUCCGUUGGGAACAUUAGACACGGAUAGUUACUCUCAACCCUUGCAAUCAUCUACAGAUCCAUAUAACAUAUUUUCAACCAUCGGUCCCUCUGACAUUUCCUUGGGAUCAAAAGCUCAAGAUACGACAACCUCCCAAAUCACAAGCGAAACAUUUACAUCGGAACGCCGCAAAUACCUUUCUACUGCUAUUCCCCUGUUUACCGACAAGAAAAUAUUUACCGUGGGUCAGUCCGACGCUUACUCCGAACAACAAAAUGCAACGUCGACGGGAGGAGGAGUUCCAGAAGACGAUGCCACGACUACUGAUGUCGAUCAACAGAAAACAGGCGCAUUACGGACUUCCAAAAACCCAACUGAAGAGCUCACGGCGACACUGCUAGUGACUUCGCAUGGAAGAGAAACAUUUUCGAACUGGUGGGGGAUCUUCCUUGGUAGCGUGGGAUCGGGAAUAAUUCUCUGGUUGCUGGUAGCCAUUGUUGGAUUCAUCUUCACGAAGGUGCUUAAAGAAAGUCGCAAGUGGGAUCAGCUGCGGUUCAAGAAUGAUGCUACAUUAGAAAAUGCGAACCCCGAGCCUAGUGUUAUCUACAAUCCAACGUACAAUCCAACGGCUAUCACUCAUGUGGACAAUACGUAUCCAGUCACACUCCAUUAUUAGUGUGUGUAAUUUGUACGAAUUAUUGCAUACAAAAAGCAUUGUAAAGACUAUCUAAGAACAGUAUGAACCAAAAAAAAAAAAAUGGCAUCCUUCGCCAUGUUCAUAAAAGCAUUUGCAUAAAUAAAAGAAUUGGGUGUAGAUUCAUGAAAUAUCAUUUACUUCAAGUUCACUCAAAUUUCAUUGAAGGGAAAUUUUAGCAGGUUUAUUAUGAUUUCAAUCUAUUAUUUAUUGAAUACAAAAUGCCACUGAAAUGAAUUCCUGCUUAAAAAGCAACAACAAAGAAAAACUACAGAAGUGCAAAUAUAUUCAUCUACAUCGUCUUUUUUUCAUUUGUUAGAAAUUCAAGAAGUUAUUUAUUUAAUGUUUGCAAGAAGUUAUAAAUAUUACGCGAGUUUUAUCUUUAAUGCAAGGAUUGGUUGAUUAAUUAUCAUUUAUCAUUUAAUAUAUCUGUAAAGCGCUUAGAGACGUCGUUCCGAUGUGUUAAGCGCUAUAUAAAUGCGGAAUAUUAUUAUUAUUAUUACUCCAUUGCGCAUAUUUUUUUCUUUACUUUACUUAAUUCAUACACAAAAUACGCAUAUGGAUUUAGUUAAGGGAUUUAAAUUAAUCAAAAAACACAUUAUAAAUCACUGUCAUCGUAUAUACUAUAUCCAUCAAUCUAUUAUAGAUAUUACAUAUUCAAUUCAAUUUAUUAAUAAUUCAUCAAAUGCAAAGCUGAUAUAUACAAUAAAAUGUGUAUGGGAAUCACAACAAAAGCCUAUGGCUUGCUAAACAGUGAUCCCCUUAUAUACGAAAUAUACAUUAUGACAUGGUAAAUCAAGAACUUAAAAGAACAAUAAAAUCUACAAUAGGUCAAUUACAACCAGACUACAAACAACAUACACC